GCAUUCUUCACAGACACACACAGGCACAUAUACCACAUCACUUCAAUAUGACAAUUAAAAAUAAAGACAAACUUAUCAUUUUUGAUACAACCCUUAGAGAUGGAGAACAGUCUCCAGGUGUGACUCUUACAGUAAAUGAAAAGAUUGAGAUUGCAAAGCAGCUCUCCCGUCUUGGAGUUGAUGUCCUUGAGGCUGGUUUCCCGGUUGCGUCACAGGGUGACUUCGAUGCAGUAGAACGGAUCGCUACCGAAGUUGGCCCUUUGAUGGUCGGCCGUGAAGCGAUUGGCAAGCCUAUUACUAUCGCCGGUCUUGCUCGUGCUGUGCCGGCUGAUAUUCAGCGUUGCUAUGAUGCAAUCGCGAAGGCACCACACAAACGUAUUCAUACCUUCCUCGCCACUUCCGAUAUUCACCUCCAACACAAACUCAAGAUUUCUCGUGAAGAAUGUAUCACUCGCGCUGUAGCUGCAGUAUCUUUCGCAAAGACCCUGGUUGAUGAUGUAGAGUUCUCACCCGAGGAUGCAGGACGUAGUGAUCAGGACUUUUUGUGCAAGGUUUUGAGUGCUGUCAUUGAGGCUGGAGCAACAACGCUGAAUAUCCCAGAUACUGUUGGCUACAAUAUGCCGGAGGAGUAUGGUGCUAUGAUCAAAUACCUUAUUGCCAACACUAAAGGAUCAGACAAGGUCAUCUGGUCGGCUCACUGCCACAAUGACCUUGGACUAGCCACUGCCAAUACUCUCUCUGGAAUUCUUAACGGAAUCCGUCAAGUUGAGGUAACAAUUAACGGCAUUGGAGAGCGUGCAGGAAAUACUGCUAUGGAGGAGAUUGUGAUGGCUGUUCAUACCCACCCAGACUUUUUCCCUGUUUAUCACACCAUCAACACCCCUCUGUUCUUCAGGAUUUCGCAAUUGGUAUCAUCAUUGUCUGGAAUGCUAGUACAACCUAAUAAGGCUAUCGUAGGUGCCAAUGCCUUCUUGCAUGAGUCUGGUAUCCAUCAGGAUGGUGUUCUCAAGAAUAAGACAACGUAUGAAAUCAUUAGUCCCGAGACUGUUGGGGCCAACACUGUCAACCUUGUCCUUGGCAAGCACUCUGGGCGUGCAGCCUUCCGCUCUCGCUUGCAGGAUCUCGGCUUUGGGGAGCUGACUGAGGCAGAGUUCCAAGUUGCUUUUAAUAGCUUCAAGACUUUGGCAGAUAGUAAGAAGCGUGUCACAGAGCAAGACCUUAUUGCUCUGUUGUCUGACCAGGUCUCAGCGUCAGCUGGUGACAAAGCAACCUUCGUCAUCAAGACCCUCCAAGUUGUGUCGGGAACCUCCUUUGCUACUGCUACAGUCCAGCUUCAGAACACGGUGACGGACCACAUUUUGAUUGAUGCCGCUAUCGGCAAGUCUGGGCCUAUCGAGGCCGUGUUUUUGGCUAUUCAGCGUUUGGUGGGCAAGAGGAUCCGUUUGCUCAAGUUUGACAUUACCGCUGUUGGCCAGGGCGUAGAUGCACUUGGUCAAGUUUCAGUCAAGAUCGCUGAGGACAACUCCGUAGCAGGCACCUCUGAUAGUGAAGAGUCAAAUGAGGAGAACAACAAUGGGCUGAGCCAAGCCACAUACCAUGGCCAUGGUGCAGACUCCGACAUCAUUCAAGCAGCUACCAAAGCUUAUUUGAACGCUAUUAAUCGCCUCGUUGCCAACGAAAGCCAGCGACUCCUCGGUGAACGCAAAGUGGAUGUCUAAGGUUCAUAGCUGGAGCUUGAAUGGCAC